CACCUUUUACGCACGGAGCGCUUGGAGAGGUUGCAGACGGGCGCACGCCGGCGGUCGGCUUUUGGAAGGGAAAAGGAAGAAGAGUUUUACAACCAACAGAGAAGCUGUGAGUUGAGGCAUCUGAGUGGGCAUGUGGCUACUGGAGAAGCUCCGGAGCUCUGUGGAGAGCAGCGGGACACAAUCCAAGCCCCCGCAGACAAUAGAGGCCAUUCCUGUCUCUGUGUAUGCCAAUGUCCUCACCCCAGACAAGAUCCCCGAUUUCUUCAUUCCCCCAAAACUGAUCUGCUGCCCACCAGAAGAGUCUCUCACCCCAGAGCCACAGCCCUGCUCCACCCUGCGACCCUCCUCCUCUGACCACGCCAUCUGCAGCCAGAGCCCCAGAGCUCGGAGCAGCAAGAACCCCUGCAGCCCUCGCCUCUUCUCCCGCAAUCUCCAGAAGUCGGCCAACCGUCACAUCAUCCAAAUAGAGAGCGCUGAUGAGCCGGGUGCCGGAUCUGCGGACAGGGCCAGAGGUGAAGUCAACACUAAUGCAGACCCCCAGUCACAGACUGCGAUGUCUCUGCCGUACGUCCCCAAGGCUCAGACCUCCUAUGGCUUUUCCACCCUGGUGGAGUCUCCUCAUACCCGACGCAAGGAGAGCCUGUUCCACAGUGACCCCAGCAGCCCCCUCACCUCCCCGAACUCCCAGAGGCGCUCCCAAGGGGGCACUCUCCUGGCCCCAGCGGACCCCAACCCCUACCGCUAUUUCAGUGGUGGAGAGAGCGACACCUGCUCCUCAGCAGAUUCAUCCCCCUUUAACUCCCCUCUCCUGUCCCGCUCUGCCUCCCUCCUGCGCUCCAUUACCCAGGAGACAAAGACCAAGGUGUCUCGUGCCAAGCGCUCCCUGGCGCGCCACAGUUCUCUCUCCACUGACGACUGCAGCUCAGCAGACAACAGCCCCAACAUGCAGCGCCGCCGCACACGCUGCCCCCCCUCUCCCGCCUUCCAUGGAAGUAAAAGCGGUGGCUUGAGGGGCGCGGCGUCAGACCUCCUGCAGCGCGAGCACACCAUCAACCUCCACAAGGGGGGGACACUGAGGCUGAGCACGCACUAUGACCCGGAGGCGGCUCGGCUGAGGGUGCGCAUGCUGGCAGCUGAGGGCCUUUACGACAGGCAGACGGACCUUAAAAGCAUCAACUGCUGUGUGGCGCUCUACCUGAACCCCGGCAAGCAGCAGAAACAGAGGAGCACCAUCAUCAAGAACAGCAGGAAUCCAGUGUUCAACGAAGACUUUUUCUUUGACGCGCUGCCCCAGGCACAAGUGAAGAGUCUGGCCAUGAAGAUAAAGGUAGUGAACAAAGGUACCAGUCUGAGGAGAGACGUGCUUCUAGGAGAAAGGGAGGUGCUGCUCAGUGAGCUGCUCGCAGGCCUCUAGGGAGCCCCUGUCAAGACUGGCAGCUCCACAUCUCAAGGGCCCUUUCUUCUCCGGCUACCUUUCGGUCCCACUCCACAGAUCUGAUAAAUACUGGGCAGGUGAAAGCAUGCUGAUGACAAGGGAGCCGUAUCUUGCACAAUGCGCCAUGUACAUCAAUAGGCAAAAAAAAAAAAAAAAAAAAAAAAAAGA